AGCGGCCCAGCCUGGGAUUUAACGCUUUUCAAGGACUCAUCGAUCAGUGACGCCAUGCUCGCGACUAGGGUGAAGCGGCCAGUGACUAAUACCGUCACUUACCCUUUUCGUGUUGCUAGUGUUCGUCCUCCCGUUCCCCAAUGGCGGUGUUAUUCGAGCAAGGGUAGCAGACAGUCGUUAAAACAACGCCCUUCUUCUUCCCACUGGCUGCGCAAGUCCAUUGGGUUGGCGGGAACGGCAGGUGCAGCAUUCGUGACCUACACUUUUGCGACAAAUUACAGCAAGCAGGCGGCUACUCCUACGGAACCGAAGGCGAAAAGUAUAAACACAAUCAGCAUCGAAGACCUGGGUUCUCAAUAUGUUGUGGAAAAGAGAAGCUUGGGAAGUCCCGGUGUCUAUUUGUGGGGAUCAAACGCGUAUGGCGUCGUUGAUCCGGAAUCAACUGAACCUAUUGUCAAGAGACCACGGGAGUUCUCCUACUUUGAAGGCCAACUGCUAAGAGAUCUUAAACUUGGCGAGAAGUCUGGCGCAGCAAUCACUGAGAAAGGCGAUUUAGUUCAGUGGGGUAAAGGGUUCUCGGAAACCGAUUUUAAGCCUACGAAGACCUUAACUGGCAAGGGCUUGGCCUCACUUUGCAUGUCUCAGGAUCGGAUAAUUGCCCUGGCUUCUGAUGGGAGUGUCUAUUCACUUCCAAUCUCCAAGAGUGAGCAACAGUCUGGCCGCAAAUCCCGGGAAACUUCUUGGGUUCCUUUCUGGUCAGGGACCGCAAACAUAAGCUACCGUCUUCUUAAGCCAGCCUUAAAGCUGGGCGAGAAGGUUACCUCUCUCAGUGGUGGCUUGGAACACGUUCUAUUAUUGACUAACUAUGGCCGAGUCUUCUCUGCGGCAUCUUCAACAGAGAGUUUCCCGUCUCGUGGCCAGCUUGGUAUUCCAGGCCUUACCUGGAAAACUCGGCCUAAGGGUCCCGCCGACGCUUGUCAUGAGAUCACAGCGCUCAAGAACUCCAAGAUAACUCAAGUUGCUUCCGGUGAUUAUCACUCUAUGGCACUCAGCAGUGAUGGUCGCAUAUUCUCCUUCGGUGACAACUCUUUCGGGCAAUUGGGAACGGGCUUCGAUGCCCAAUCGUCAUACAAAGAUACCCCGACCGAAUUACUUCUAGGGCGGCUUUAUCGAAGCAAAGAAUGGCAGACAACAGCAACUCUAAUUGCAGCUGGUGGCUUGAGCAGCUUCCUUACAGUGGACGCAAAACCCAUUUCGGGUGCAAGUGACAGUUCUCUGCAGAACCAGGCUCGUAUAACGGCUGAUACGUGGGCUUGCGGGAAAGGAAUUACGGGGAUUCUCGGCAACGGCAGAUGGGCUCACUUGCAAGAUGAUCCAACAAAAGUGAAGGCUUUAAGUGGCCUGGUCGAAUUUGACGAGCGUGCGAAGAAGCUAACUCCGAUCCGUCUACGUGAAAUAUCCGUCGGCACGACUCAUGCUUCUGCUGUCCUAGACAAUGCCUCCUCCAUUAAAGCUACCGAUACUUCAUCAGAUAGCGCAAACAGUCCUGGCUUGGAUGCAGUCUGGUGGGGAGGAAAUGAAUCCUUCCAGCUAGGCACUGGCAAGAAAAACAAUCUUCCCAAGCCGACAUACAUCAACGUGCCAUCGGACCUCGCAGCAAAGGACAACAAGCCGGAGGCGCGCUUGCAGAUAACUCCUCGUCAUACUUGUAAGGUGAAUGGCCGUAAAGUGAGUAUAGAGCAGCGUGUGGAAUGUGGAAAAGGAGUGUCCGCGAUCUAUUCGGCCUUGUAAUCUAUCUUCUAGAUGAUUUUUCUUUCCCACUUCUUUUGAUGUAUUAUGAAUUCCUUUCUCUGUUAACAAAAGUUUGGGAUUAUUAAAAGCACCCUAUUCCCUUCCUCUUUACAGAUGUUAUUGCUAGGAUAAUAAUGAAGCUCUAUUCCGAAUUCGGAAAUGCACACAUAUGC